AUAGAUGCUUUGUCCUUUGUCUCGUUGUGGCAUAUGAAGUAGCUCCUGCAGAGAAGACACCAUGACGACUGAUCAAAACAUUUCUUCCUUCAUCUCUGAUGACUUCAGCGAAAUCUAUGACCAACUGAACUUCUCGUAUAACUACACGGAGUAUAAUUUAAACCCGUCCACACAACCCUGCGAUGUCUUCAUGUUCCCAAACGCUGUGCUGCUGGUUGUCUGCUUGUUUUACAUCUUCAUCUUCCUGUUGGCCAUUCCUGGGAAUCUGGUGGUGGGUUUUGUUAUCGGCCAGACUAAGCAGCCGCUGAGCCCCUCCGACCUCUACCUGUUCCACCUGGCAUUAGCAGACCUCUUGCUGGCCAUCACCCUUCCCUUUUGGGCCACCUCCGUCACCCAGGGCUGGAUUUUUGGAGAUGCCAUGUGUAAAAUUGUCACCAUCCUGCAGGAGCUGAGUUUCUACUCCAGCAUUCUGUUCCUGACCUUCAUCAGCGUGGACCGGUACAUGGUGAUAGUGAGGGCCAUGGAAGCCCGCAGGGCCAACCGGCAGGUGUUCAGCUGGGUUGUCUGCGCCGCGGUGUGGCUGUUCGGGGGGUUGCUGUCCCUGCCGGGUUUCUUCAGCUCUUCUUCCAAGUCUCAAAAUUCCACUUACAUGAUAUGUGCUGUGCAGUACGACCCUAAAAGUGCUGAUGAGUGGAGGUUGGCCACCAGGGUUCUCCGCCACGCUCUGGGUUUCAUCAUCCCCCUGGCAGUCAUGCUGCCUUGUUACGGAGUCACCAUCCAGCGUCUCCUUCACAUCCGGGGGGGCUUCCAGCGACAGCGAGCGAUGAGAGUGAUCGUGUGCGUGGUUGUCGCUUUCCUGCUUUGCUGGACGCCGUACCACAUCGCCGUGAUGGCAGACACCUUUUUCAGGCUGAAGAUAGUGGACUACGGGUGCCGGGAGAGGACGGCGGUGGAUAAGGCCAUGUUUGCCACGCAGAGCAUGGGGCUGCUGCACAGCUGCGUGAACCCCAUACUCUAUGCAUUUGUGGGAGAGAAGUUCAGGAAGAAAAUGAAGCAAAAAAUGAUAAAGAUGGGCCUCCUAAAGAAAAUGUCCGUCUCCAGAAGCAGCAGGUCCUCAGUUUCAUCAGAAAUUACAUCCACAGUCAUGUGAAACGUUUCUUUAACUUGAGUUGUUUGGUGGACUUUCAAAGAAAAGUAUAUUUUUUUACUUUUAGCCUUAAAUACUCCUUGAACUUUUAAAUAUAUUUUUCUUUUUUAUUAAUCUUGUCUUUCAACUUAUUUAUGUUGGUUUGAAUGUUUUUUUUUUUGCACCAGGGAAGAGACUUGCUUAAGCUGAAGACAUCCACGGUACCUUUUUUUUUUAUUUAGCAGAAAGAGUAAAAACGGAUCUGUCAAAAUAUUUCAAUCAAUUCAAAACAUUUCAGUAUCUCAAUAAGGAAAAUGCAAAAACAAAAAAAUGCAAAAAAAUAAAUAAUAAAUAAUAAAUAAAACCAGCCAUCAGAUGCAGAA